GUACCCACAGCCUUGAACCACAGUGAACCACCAGUGAACCACCAGUGAACCACCCUAUCUAUCAAGAACCAAUACCCAAAAUCAGAGCAGGACUGAGAAAAAGACAAGAUCACAAAGAGACCCAACCAACUUUGAACCCCACCAUCCACCAUCCACCAUCCACCAUCCACCCUUCGAACUCAAGGGACGAACCAAGAUUUUCCAUUUUGAUCAACAAAUUCCUAUUUGUACUUCUGUACUUCUGUACUUCUAUACCACUACCACUCAAUACCUUUCUUGUUUCCUACUUUGAGAUACCCCUUUUAUUUAAAUCGUGUGUUGCUUGACUCUAUCCCCAGAGCUCUUUUAAUCAUCUGCUGGGAAAUCUGAGGUAGCAGCAACACAGUCUUUCUGAUCAGUACUUUACAAUACAUACUUACCUACACAAAUUCUUUCAAAACAACAACAUUGAACAGGCCCUUGGGUCUCCUGCUUAGUUGAUGCUGAGAGGCUUUGGCAGUCCUCAAGAAUAUUGACUCACCCUCCUACUGUACAGCAAACCAGAAUUGGAAUAUAGGAAAUAUUUUGUAAGUUGUACUCACCAUCUAUUCCAUUAUUUACACACUACAUAUCUUGCGGAAGCGCAGGGCUGAGAAGUCGCGCGCCCAAAUUAAGGCACCAUUCACCGACUACUAGCCGCACAAGUCCUCUCCUCUACCCCAAUUUUCCAUGGUACAUGAUUAUCCACUUCUAAAACAUUAUCACUGACCUCACAUCUUUAUUUAUAGUCAUCUUCACCAUCAUUGAAUCUUAACGAGUCACGAUACGAAUCCACGGAUAAAGGGAGCCUACCUGCAGGCGCAAACCAUUUCCAUACAUUAUCACUUUUUCCUUGUGGGGAGAAAUACAUCAUAUCUGCGGCUCUUACAGCGAUCGGUUCGCAUGUUCAAUCCCGAGAUACGGACAUAAAAACAAUACCCAUAUCUCGAUCUACCACCAUCCUCUUGGUGGCAGUCGAGCGCUCUUGCAUAAAGCAUCAUGUUCUGGCGUUUCGGCGGAUAUGCUAAUGUUUCUACCAUCGAUACCAUCCUCGACAAAGAAAAUGUUACCUUGGAAGAGUUAUUGGAUGAGAGCGAUCUCAUACAAGAAUUAAAACAACACAAUUCAAAGCUGAUUGAAUAUCUACGUGAAGAUAAGAUCUUAGCAAGGCUUCUGGAAUAUGUGGUGGCCCCCAAAUCGGAGACUGUCGCAUCUGAAGGCCUUGGAGCGGAAUCGAAAGUAGCAGCUGCUUCACCAAACUCGAGGGGCAAGAGUCGAUCAUUUUCACUAUCUCGCCACUCUUUUGAAGACGAUGGUGAGGAAAAGGAAAAGAAACGAACUCGCUAUGCCUACGUUGCAGCUGAGGUCUUAUCCUCGGACAACUGGUCGAUCUGCGAGGCAUUAAUGGAGAAUCAACCUCUCUUGCGCAAGUUUUGGGAAUUCUUGAACCUUCCUGCGCCCUUAGAUCCUUUACAAGCCUCUUAUUUUACGAAAGUCAAUGAGGCUCUUUUAGAUAAAAAGACUGAGGAGAUGCUUGAUUUGUUAAAGUCAAUAGAUGGUACAGUCAAGAGUAUGCUUCGACAUGUGGACUCUCCUAUGAUUAUGGAUCUUCUUUUGAAGAUAAUCAGUUUGGAGAAGGCGGAGGGAGGGGCUGGAAUUGUCGAUGUAUGCUCCUUAUUUUUCUCUGGUACAAGUUCUACUUGCUAAUUCCUGAAAUAGUGGCUACACUCGCAAGAUUUGAUGCCCAUCCUUCUCUCAUUCCUAUCGUCCGAACACAGCUGGGCAACACAAACUUCGGCGGGUGAUUUCCUCAAGGCGAUUAUCACUAUUUCCGCCAAUGCAUCCCAAAAUGAACAGUCAUGCAUAGGACCAAAUGAACUUACUCGCCAGCUUGUCUCUCACCCAUGUAUUGAAAAGUUGAUAUCUGAUAUGCUAAAGGGUGGAAAUCCGUUGACUGUCGGAGUUGGUAUUGUUAUCGAAGUCAUUCGAAAGAACAACUCAGAUUAUGAUCCCGAGGUUGGAGCUGAAGCAAAUGCAGUGCCAUCCAGUCGCGAUCCUAUAUAUCUCGGAACUCUUUUGCGAAUGUUUGCCAAGCAUGUUCCCGAUUUUAUGGACCUCAUCCUCAGCCCUAAUCAUACUGUUGGAGGAGGUGAUGGACCAGUAACAAUACAAAGAAAAGAGUUGAGUGCUGCUUUUGGUGGAAAGAUUGAGCCACUUGGAUUCGAUAGAUUCAAGACUUGUGAGCUUAUGGCAGAACUUUUGCACUGCAGUAACAUGGCUUUGCUGAAUGAGGUUGGCAGUGAGGAGUUUGUCAAGGCGCGAGACGCAGAGAGAGAACGAUUAAAGGCUGAGGGUAAGUUGAACCCAUCGCCUACGACCUUAAUGUCCGAAGAUGACCUAACGAUGAAAUCCUCCACCCAAACACGACUGGGCUCCCCAGAUGGUUCUAGGAAGUUAGAGGUUCAAAAUGCCUCUGAUGAUGAUGGAUUUGAAGAAGUUACGCACGCUACAGAACUUGGUGAUGAUGCCAAGGAUGAUUUUGAUGAGAAACAUGAAACAGAAGAAACCCUUCUUAAUUCUACACAACCACCCAUUUCCUUCCUCGACAAGGAUGACGAGGAAUUUGUUGAUGAACCUUUAAGCUCGCCAAGGCUACAGCCACUUUCCGAUGAGCAUACUUUGCAAGAACCAGAGAUGGCCGUCCUCCCUCUUUCCCCGACCAAAGAACUUUCUCAACAAGUUGGGUCUCUAGGAUUUAACGAUGAGGAUACGACCAUGACGUCUCCACCUUCUUCUAUUGAUGCCAAUGUUCUUGAUGACACCGAAGAUUCUUCUGAUGGUUCUCACAAACAUACCCCAGCUUCCUCGGACGGCUCUAAUGAAGGUCAGAAUGUAGGCAUGGAAUUACCCACUGAGUCUUCAGCACCUACAGAAGAGAUUCCCCACGCUGCAGAAGUUAUUCCUCUCCCAGAAGACACUCCUGCACCUUUAUUUUCCAAAAAAGCAGGAUCAACGGAAGAGACUGCUAGUGCAUCAACUACCGUUCCUAGUGAUGGUAACGUGAAUCUUGAUAGCGUCGAUACUACUAUGGGCGAUGCUGGUGAUAGCAACAACUCCGUACUGAUGGGUAAUACCGCGGAGCAUUCUCAAGAUCGAACUAUGGAAACAACAGGUGGCCCCGUAGUUGGAGAUUAUCUCAAAAUGCAAUUUGUUGAACAUAAGGUCGUACCAACUAUUUUGGUAAGUUUCUUCAAGCUUCAGCAUUUAUGCAUGUGAAUUAACCUAUGUAGGAUUUUUUCUUCCGAUUUCCUUGGAAUAACUUCUUACAUAACGUCGUAUAUGACGUUGUACAACAAGUAUUUAAUGGUCCUAUGGAUCGUGGAUAUAAUCGAUCACUUGCAAUUGAUCUAUUUGAAACUGGAGACAUCACAAUGAGAAUUGUCAAUGGUCAAAAGAAGAGUGAUGAGGCGCAACAGAAGAACAAGAUGCGACUUGGUUAUAUGGGUCAUCUUACACUUAUCGCUGAAGAGGUUGUGAAGUUUACAGAACGACAUCCUCCGGAGCUCUUAUCCGAAUCAGUUUUAGAAAGGGUCAUGAACGGUGAUUGGAUCCCAUAUGUUGAGGUUACUCUAGCAGAAACUCGGGAGCGUGACAAUGCUAUCCUUGGAGGAGUUAGACCAGACAUGGCAGUCGGUCCGCGACAAGCCGUCAUGAAUGCAGUAAAUGCAGCCAAUAAUUUCGGAAAUGCAUCAUCCGCCCUUGCCGACGCUGGCCUUAAUGGUUCAACAGCUCUUGAUAGCAUUGAACUUGCUAACAACAAUGGAAAUGGUAACAGCUUUAUCACUGGAGGUACAUUAUUGAGCGGCUUUGGAAGUUCCAGUGAUGAAGAAGACGAUGAGAUGGAUGAAGAUAAUGACGAGGAAGGAAAGAACAGUGGUGGUACAACGGCAGAAGUGGGUCAUUCUGUUCCUCCAUCAGCCCCCAACCUUGAUAAAUUCGACGAUCUAGAUGUUGAUUAUGAAUAUUUGGAGCAACUCGAUCGCGAAUCACCUCUGUUUCCUCAAGAAAAGGACGAGGAUCUCGAUCAGGGUAGUUCUUAAUCAGUAAAAGCGCACAUGUUGUCAUUCAUUUCCUCUUGUACAGUACGCAAUUUUCUGGCACUUGAUUCCCCAACAGCAUUACAAGUGGCGUUCCUAGAUUCUUGGGGCUUGUUGUUUCUGGCUUCAGAAAUUUAGAAAGCAUUAAUGUUGGUAUGAACUGAGGAGUAUUGUGGGAGUUUUCUCUUUCCUUAAAUCAAGAGAAAGAGAUUCAAAAUUUGAGAUAUUAUCCUUUACUCCUUUUUUGAAGUAGUGGUGGUGAUGGUUGUGAUGUCGAUCUGGUGUUUUAAUAAUGAUGAUUAGUGUCCACAAAUCUUUUUUUAACUUUGCUCCCGAGUGGGUAGGCUAAUGAUCAUCUCUCUGCUAUUUAUCCGUUUUGCUUUUAUCCGCCGCUUAGCUUUCGCCCCUUUUGGAACAGCCUAUUUAUUUACAAAUGACACAUAUAAUACUGAAAUAUAUGCUAAUUUAAUUGCAAUUAGAUCUCCCGCUACAUAAGUACGCCUUCAACUACAACAUCUACCUCGGAUCUUUCACCUCCUUCAGCACCACCGCCGCCUCCACCUCCUCUUAACAUACCGCCAAGCCGUGCUAGAAGACAAUUGGCGGCGAGGUUGGCCUUGCACAGUAAGCAGAAGUUGGCGAAUGGAGAAAGGGUUGAGGGUGAGGAGAGAGAGUCAAAAGGCAUCAAUCCUUUUAAGGUAGAUGGCGAGGAUGACGACGAGGAUGAAGAUGGGAGCAGUGAUGAGGAUGAGAGCGGAUUUAGAAGGAGCGGAUUUGAGGAUAAUUUUGAGGAUGAGGAUGGGAUGGGGGUUAGCGUGACGAGGGAGGCGAAGAGGAGAACGAGUUUGGAGGAUGAGGAUGAGGAUGAUGGUGGAGUAGGAGGGACAGGGGCUUUGGCUGAUGACGUUGUUCAUGUGGGGAUGGUGGAGGAAGCAGGGGGUAGUGGAAGUUCAAGUAGAGAUUUGAAGGACAAUCCGAGUUUGCAGAGUGAGGAGGGUACUGAUGUUGGAGGGGGCGAUGGAGGAUUAGUGCAUAUCCAGCAUGCGGAGAUACAGGGUGAAGGAAAGAAGGAGUAGACCUUUUUCUUUUUACUUGAAUUGAAACGAUGGAUGGAGGUAUAGCUGGGCGGAUCUUUGAUGAAUGCAGCGGCCGAUAAAAUGUUUGUACGAUAUUAUGCGAGAUACGAUAGUUAAGGGCUCAGGCAGGAGGCAUUUAUGCAGCGGAUUCUUCUUUUAUUAUAACUCUUUCAUGGUGAGUUCUCGGGGUUGGUGAGAUGAAUGAGAUGAAAGGGCUGGGGAUAUGGAGGUUGAUGGGG